AUGGACCACGGAGGCGACGCGGCCAGCCCGACGACGGUGGUGGAGUUCACCGAGCUCGUCAUGGCUGGCGCGGUCGAGGCACACUCACACAUGAGCACCGGCACGUUCCACGUCCAGCGCGGCGCUGCUGCCGCUCGCCGCGCCAUCGUCGACGGCUUCGAACCAAGCGCGGCGGCGUUCCACGACUUCGCUGACCUCGCGCGCCAUGUCGUGGUGCCUGUCGACGUGUCGUUCCACCUCCACCAUCAGCCCGAACCCGGCGUGGCGUACCCCAACAUCGGUGAGUUCUGGCGGCAGCUAAUGGGCCUGGUCGAUGUGGCGCUACUGGGCCCGCAUCUCCCCGACGAAGUCGUCCAGGUGCUCCACAACUAUGGGUACUCUUUUCUGCAGCCUCGCCCGCGCGCCGGAAGUGGCGUCGUGCUUGUCGACCUGCUCCCCGGAGACGGCCGCUCGGUGUACAACGGGGACUACGCGCUGCAGCCUCGUCCGGAUGCCGGACAUGGCGAGGUGUUCGUCGGCCUCCUACCCGGCGGCGGUGGCGCGGCGGACGACUACGGCUACUACCCGUGGCAGUGGCAGCCCCGCCCGGGCGUCGGAAGCGGCGAGGUGUUCGUCAACUCAAGCAGCUUCGCGCCGCAGACUCUCGCGGGCACCGGGCGCGCCGACGGAAUCGCUGGCGCGCUCCGCGUCCCCAACCUCGGCGCAGGGUACGACGGCUCCGUGGCCCUAGCUCACGACAUCGGCGCAGGGUACGACAACCGCGGCAUGGUGGCCGAUCACCUGCGUCGUCUCCUUCCGUUCGUUGGAAUCGGCGCCUCCUCCGUGGCUAUCAAUGGGCUCGCCGCCGGCCCGAGCUCGCCGGCGGUUGCCUUUCACCUCUUCAUGCUGCUUUUGGGUGGUCUGUUUCUGGUUAUCCUGCACGUGCUCCGUGCGUAG